GGCGACCACCCGUGAACUCUCCUCAUCAACUCUUUUCAUUUUCCAUUCAUUCUCUAAUCUCCUUUCCACCUAAUACUUUUCUCCCACUAACCUCUCUCUCUCUCUCUCUGUAUAUAUAAACCCUCCAACCCUUUUCCAUAACAAUUCCGAUUCCGGUUCCUCUGUUUUGAGCUUCCUCCAACAAUGUCAAAACUUCAGCCCCCUUUCGCGUUCUCUCUUCUUCUUCUUCUUCUUCUUCUUCUUUUGCUCACUCAAACGCACUGCCACACUAAAGGGAUCAGACCCAAGAAAUCGCCCAGAACCAUUCUUCCCAAGAAUUCCACCAAAACCCAAUUCUCAGAACAGCAAUUUAUGAAAUGGGUCAAAUUCGUCGGCAGCCUCAAACACUCUGUUUUCAGAACGGCGAAGAAUAAGCUUUUUCCUUCUUACACACUCCACGUCGCUAAAAACCCCGCCGCCGGCGACUUUACGUCGAUCCAAGACGCCAUCGAUUCCCUACCCUUCAUUAAUUUGAUUAGAGUUGUGAUCAAGGUUCAUGCAGGAGUAUACAAAGAAAAAGUAAUCAUACCACCGUUCAAAUCGUUCAUAACAAUCGAAGGAGCAGGGGCAGCCAAAACGAUCGUUCAAUGGGGGGACACAGCACAAACACGAGGCCCAAAGGGGCAGCCGUUGGGGACCUAUAACUCCGCAACAUUCGCAGUAAAUUCCCCUUAUUUCAUAGCCAAAAACAUCACAUUCAAGAACACCACCCCUGUACCACCACCAGGGGCGAUAGGGAAGCAGGCGGUGGCGUUCAGAAUCUCAGGCGACACGGCGGCAUUCUACGGAUGCAGAUUCUUAGGAGCUCAGGACACACUGUACGACCAUCUGGGUCGGCAUUAUUACAAGGAUUGUUACAUCGAAGGGUCAGUGGACUUCAUUUUUGGAAAUGGGUUGUCUCUGUUUGAGGGGUGUCACGUGCACGCAAUAGCGAGGUACACAGGGGCGUUGACAGCGCAGGGGAGAAGCAGCCUGCUGGAGGACACAGGGUUCUCAUUCGUAAACUGUAAGGUCACGGGGUCUGGAGCGCUGUACUUGGGAAGGGCAUGGGGGCCCUUCUCUAGGGUCGUCUUCGCUUACACUUACAUGGACAAUAUCAUCAUUCCCAAAGGCUGGUACAAUUGGGGUGAUCCCAAUCGCGAAAUGACUGUGUUCUACGGGCAAUACAAAUGUACAGGAGAAGGAGGUAGGUUUGCAGGCAGAGUUUCAUGGUCCAGAGAGCUCACUGACGAGGAAGCCAAGCCUUUUAUUUCGCUUAGCUUCAUCGAUGGCUCUGAAUGGAUCAAAAUUUAAUUUCUUUUCUUCAUAUAUUUUUAUUUUUAUACAAAUUUGAGUGCUUAUAUUAUUA